AUGGCACUUGUUAAAGUAGGAGAGGAAGCUGAACACUGGAAAUCUAAUUUGGUGACUCUAGCUACUCGAAUAAUUCAACAGUGUAGACAACGAAAUGGGAAAAAAUUACACCGUCCGCCCUCAAGGUCCCGGGUUCGUGUUUUGCUGUGUAAGGCAGAGUUUAACCCCGAGAAGUGGGAAGGUGAUCUUCCUUCAACUGAUGAGGGUGAUAGUGAUUUUGAAAUAGUAGGGAUUAAGCUUACAGUCGUGACACAAAUGAAACUUUAUGCUUUGUUCUUAUUUCAGGUGAAUUUUUUCAGUUACGUACAGCUGACUACUGUUGCAAUACCAGUGCUGUCUGAGAACAAUGGAUCCAUCGUUGUUGUGUCUUCUUUAUUAGGAAAAAUCCCAAAUCCAUUUGUAACAUCUUAUGCAGCCAGCAAGUUUGCACUAGAAGGAUUCUUUGGCUCUCUCCGCCAUGAGAUUGCAAUGCAAAGGCAGGAUGUGUCUAUCACGCUAUGCAUUCUGGGCCUGAUUGACACAAAAUCAGCAAUGGAUAAAAUAAGGGGAAUGGUGUCAUUGAAUGCAUAUCCUGCAUCUGAGUCAGCCCUUGCCAUCAUUAAAGGGGCAGCAAGGCGAGAACGAGAUGUGUUUUACCCCUGGUGGACCCGCCUGCUGUGUUGCAUUAAAGAAUGGUUUCCUGAAUACCAAGACAGGAUAAUAAGGAAUACCUACAAUUAUACUAUCAAGGAAGAAAAUUAGUUGAAGUGGCAAUAUCAAGUAGGAGAAAAAUCUGUUCACCAGCUAUGAAUGCAAGGUUACUGUAUGCUGCAAUGGCAGAAGAAAUGCUGGAGUUUUUGUUAAUAUUGUAAUGUAUACCAACCUAUUUGUUUAUUUUGCAGCUUUCAGUGUUCAGUAAUUACUUUCAAUGUGCAAAAAACAAAUGGUGCCAGGUUUCAACUACUGAGAAAAAGAAUAUGUUUACUUUGUUUACUUUGCAAACAUUUAUUUUAUAAUGUUUAGAUUACAUAGCAAACCUUUUCAUAAAAACAUAAGCUUUUUAGGAACUUCACCUGCAUUUCUCACUGACUACAAAACUGUUUACUUUUGAAUAGUAUUUUUGCAAUAUACUGUUUUGUUUCAUUUAGAAUGUACAUAAUGUUAUCAUGUAGCUCUUGAUGAGCAAAUCAAAUAUGUCAGAAUAAAAUAAAGCAACAAAGAUAUUA